CCAUAUCAGUCACGCUGUUUCUGGGAUACUCAGCAGAUCAGUGACAACAAAUGAAGCCCGUCUUGUCUGACAAUAAAGAGCCUUUAUUUUUAUCCACACGUGGAGAAAGAUCAAAGUUAAACCGCUACAGUUGUUGGUAUAAAUCAUUCAUUCGGUCUGAGUCACGUGUGCGUCACGUGUCCCAGCUGUCGGGGCCCUGCUAGUGUACAGUAGCUCUCAGGCUGCAGGCGGAGGAAGCGGCAGCAGCAGCAACAACACACCGAGCCGAGGUGAGGCUUCAGGGAGCAGAGGGGCUGAGCUUCUCUGUUAUUGCAGCGCUGCUGCUGGAAGAAGUGCGACAAUUUGGGCAAAUGCGAACGGCAGCCCUCUCUAGAAUCCCUGAGGCAGCUUGAGCAAGCAGACAGGCUGACGUGAUGAGGUUCCCAGGAGAAGCUGCUCCCCUGCGGGCUGACAACUGAUAGAGAGGAGUCCCUUCUCCUCCUCUCACACACGCAGUCAGGAAUAAAUGAGGAGGACCAUGAUCAUCUAAAGCUGACUGAUUUGAAGAAAAAUGUCACUCGCACCAACUGGAACCACUGCCUGGAUAAAAGUGCAUGUUGCUUGUUUCUGGGUGUAGAAGAUGCGCCUUGUUUUUGAUGUCUCUUUUUGCUCCACUCCUGACAUGAGCGUGGCAUUUGCUAUAUUGAAUGUCUAAGUAUUCACAUCACUGUCUUUUGUUGCCUUGUCCCUGAACCUGCUUCAGUCAGGCAGCUUGCUGUUAAAAUACAUCACAAUGACUUGAGUGCCUUUUGUUUUUGCAACCCGGCUAAAUGACACAAUUAAUUCAGCAAUGCUAACGUCCACAGUUUUGUAAUCCUGUUUUUGCUUUUGGAGAAUUUUGAUUGAUCACCUUUAAUCACUGUUGCAGAACGCCAAAAGAAAGCAUAGGUACUAUGCACUGUUGUUGCUGCCACAGAUCCUAUACAAAACCAUUAACCUCACAGGAAGAAAGACACUCAUAACAGUACUCAAACCCAGACGAAGAUCCCCUCCCUGGGUAGUCGUUUUUAUUUAAGGGGUGAAGAAAGCUGCAGGGAUGUUUGCUGCCGUGGAGCAUGGCCCGGUGCUCUGUAGCGACUCCAACAUCCUGUGUCUUUCCUGGAAGGGCCGAGUGCCCAAGAGCGAGAAGGAGAAACCGGUGUGCAGAAAGCGGUACUAUGAGGAGGGCUGGCUUGCUACUGGGAACAGCAGGGGGGUUGUUGGGGUCACUUUCACAUCCAGCCACUGCAGACGGGACCGGGCCACCCCGCAGAGGGUAAACUUCAACCUCAGAGGACACAACAGUGAGGUGGUAUUGGUGCGGUGGAACGAGCCUUUCCAGAAACUGGCCACAUGCGACACAGACGGAGGAAUUUUCGUUUGGAUUCAGUAUGAGGGCCGCUGGUCUGUGGAGCUCGUCAAUGACCGUGGAGCUCAGGUGAGCGACUUCACCUGGUCGCAUGAUGGCACGCAGGCUCUCAUCUCGUACCGUGACGGCUUUGUCCUGGUGGGCUCUGUCAGCGGACAGAGACAUUGGUCGUCUGAGAUCAACCUGGAAAGCCAGAUAACCUGUGGAAUCUGGACUCCUGAUGACCAACAGGUGUUGUUCGGUACAGCAGAUGGACAGGUCAUAGUCAUGGACUGCCAUGGGCGUAUGUUGGCCCAUAUACUGCUGCAUGAGUCGGAUGGCAUUGUCAGCAUGUCGUGGAACUACCCCAGCUUCCUGGUGGAGGACAGCAGUGAGAGUGACACAGACUCAGAUGAUUACACUCCACCCAAAGUGCACAGCCAGAAACCUCUUCUGACAGUUAGCUUCACCUCUGGAGACAUCAGCCUGAUGAAUAGUUACGAUGACCUCUCACCCACACUGAUCCGAACUGGUCUGAAAGAUGUUGUGGUCCAAUGGUGCUCUCAGGGGGACCUUCUGGCGGUGGCAGGGAUGGAUAGAGCAGUCCUCCUCUCCCCUGACACUGCCUCUUCUCCACCCACCAGGAACGCCAUUGUCAAGUUCUACAAUGUUCGAGGAGAUCACAUCUACACACUAGACACACCAGCACAGCGCCCCAUCACUACGCUCUGUUGGGGUCACAGGGACUCGCGUCUGUUUUUGGCAUCGGGCCCGGCGCUCUACGUCGUUCGAGUGGAUCACCGGGUUGCGACGCUGCAGCUUUUCUGCCAGCAGGUCAUUGCCACAGCAGUAAAGGAGGAAAAAGAUGUCGCUAAGCUCACCAUGCCUUCCCGGCUCUGUACUUACGUCACUGCUGCUUUCGCCCCCACCAUCAAGCCGCCCAUCCCGGAUCCCAACAACUUGCGGGACUUUGUGAGCUACCCAACAUCCGGGAACGAGCGACUGCACUGCACCAUGAAGCGUACAGAGGAUAACCCGGAGGUGGGAGGACCUUGCUAUACACUGUACCUGGAGUACUUGGGUGGUCUGGUGCCCAUACUGAAAGGUCGACGGAUAAGCAAGCUGCGCCCUGAGUUUGUCAUUAUGGACCCCAAAACAGAUGGUAAAACAGAUGAGAUAUACAGCAACAGUCUGAUAUCAGCCAUGAUAGACAGCUGUAACUGCUCAGACUCCAGUGAUAUUGAGCUCAACGAUGACUGGGUCGGCAAGAAAUCUCCAAAGAUAUCCAGAGGAAGCAAAUCUCCUAAACUUCCCAGAGACUUAGUUUGUCCCUUUACCAACAGGAUAAAUAUAGACCCCAGAAAAUCUCCCAAGCUGUGCCGUGCAACACAAGAGAUCUCUAGGUCACCACGUUUACCUAUAAGAAAACCCUCGAUUGGUUCACCGAGUCUGUCGCGGAGGGAAUUUCCUCUGGAUGACAUCAAUCAGCAGAAUUACCUCGCUCAGGUCACAUCCAAUAUUUGGGGAACAAAGUUUAAGAUAGUGGGAUUGGCAGCAUUUUUACCGACCAAUCUUGGUGCAGUUAUCUAUAAGACCAGCCUCCUCCAUCUGCAGCCCAGACAGAUGACCAUCUACCUGCCAGAGGUGCGCAAGAUCUCCAUGGACUACAUCAACCUGCCUGUUUUCAGCCCAAAUGUUUUCAGUGAGGAUGAAGAUGACCUUCCUGUCACAGGCCCUGCUGGAGGCACUGAUGACAACCCCCCCUGUACUGUAAACAUCCCCAUUGCCCCCAUUCAUAGCCCCGCCCAGGCCAUGUCCCCUGCCCAAAGCAUUGGUCUGGUUCAAUCGCUAUUAGCUAAUCAGAACGUUCAGCUGGAUGUGCUUAGUAAUCCAACAGCAGCCCCAGUUGGAGCGUCUGCCAGUGGUUCAGACCAAAGCCAGGAUGCCAUCUUGACAGCCCAGUACACGGUACCCACCAGGUAUUCCAGUCCGGGUCAGGUCAUUUUUGGGGGGCUUGAAGUGGGUCGGCUAAUGGUUGGACCUCCACCACCUCAUCAUCCAUCUCAACAACAACAACAAAGUCAGCAGCAGCAGCAACAGCUUCUACAACAUCACCAACAAAUUCAGCACCACCAACAGCAACAGCUGCAGCAGCAACAGAUACUCCAGCAACAUCACCUACAGCAGCAACAGCACAUUCAACAGCAGCUCCAGCAGCAGCUUCAGCAGCACAUACAGAUGCAGCAGCAGCAACAACUGCAACAACAGCACCAACAACAAAUACAGCUGCAGCAACAGCAGCAGAUGCAUCAUCAUCUGCAGUCUCAACAACAGCACCAACACCAUCUUCAACAGCAGCUUCAGAUUCAAAUCCCUGCCCCUUCCAUGUCAUCAGGGCAACUUUCAGGAACGGCCCUGCACCAGCUGCAGCCGGGGGCCCUGCAGAUACAAAUCCCCCACCAACCUGCGGAUUUAGUAGCUGACAGAACAGUGGGCGGGGAGCACGAGCACCUGCUAAAAAUCAAAACCACCCGGUCAACUCCACAGCUGGCUGAUGGUGAUACUGUUGUGUUCAGUGCUCCUUUGGAGCUCAGCAAAAUGAACCCGCCACCCCCUUACCCCGGAACUGUGGCUGCAGCUGUUGCUGCUGCUGCUGCUGCUGCUUCACCAUCAGCUUCCAAUGCAACUUCCAGCUGCUCGUCUGGAAUAGAAGGGGGUACUGGUGGAACUCCUGCCCCUAGUGAGCUCUGUGUGAAGAAGGGAGACUUCAAACUUUAUCCUCCAGGUCAGCAGCAAGCACAGUACCCCACACCUCUGGGCUAUGAGAGGAUAACAACAUUUGACAGCAGUGGAAAUGUGGAAGAAGUAUGUCGUCCUCGAACACGCCUCGUGUGCAACCAGAAUGUCUACACACUCCAGGGACCUGGCAACUCUGCCACGCUCAGGGUCACUUCCUCUUCAUCCUCAUCUGCAGCUGAAAAGAAAAUCCAGCUGCCCUACACCUCUGCUACACUUAACAGACUCACUGCACCUCGCUAUUCCAUACCAAGCGGAGACCCCCCUCCUUACCCCGAUACGGCCAAUCAGAAUAGUGCUGUGGGGAGGAACCCGAAUCAGAGGCUUGACAGCUCUCUGAUCCACGCAACCCUCAGGAGGAACAGCCGAGAGGCUGCACUUAAAGUCUCUCAGAUGCUGGAACCACCAAGACCACUGCCUCCUAAGGCUAAAAAUAAUGCACUAGCAGCCUCCUUCCAGCAGAGGGUACCAACAGCCUUAUACACAUGCAGUCAGUGCAGCAAUGGAUCAAAUGUUGGCGGUACUGCACCAGGGAGUGCUAAUGGGAUAGCAGGGGGAACAAUUAUCAGACAAGAUUUCCCUCCAGGGAACGGAGCUCCACACAGCACAGUUAUAGUUCACUCCAACAGCGCGGCUGCUCUUGCCUCCCAGUCUUCAUAUAAUCUGUUGAGUUCACUUGAGGGAUCUGGGAGUGCAGGUGGGGGAGGAGGUAAUAGAGACAGGACUGAGUAUGUUAACUCAGCAUUUACUGAAGAUGAAACACUGAACCAGUCACUGAGGCAUCUGGCAUUACGAGGAAAUGAUGCAUCAGGGCUUGUUGUGAAACGCCCACCUCCCUAUCAAUGGGAUCCAGCUGGCACAGAGGAAGUGUGGAUUCCUCAAGAAAGGACAGCAAAUGCCCCCCCUGGACCACACAAACCUCCCCCCCUCGUUCUUAGCCCGGCUCAGCACUUGGAUGUUACCAGACUGCCUUUUGUUCUUUCUCCAAAGUCUCCCACCAGCCCCAGUGCUGCAUCAUUCCAGGCUUCUGCAGCAGCUACAGGCUACCAAAUCUCUCUCCAGUACCCCCCAGUGACAGCUUAUACUGGAGCUCAGCUCCAACCCAUCCCAGGGUCACCACGCCCCUGCGCCUCCCCAAAGGAGGUGGUGGCGCCUGUGGCCCUUUCACAGCAGGAUGCAACCCUUGUCUUAUCGCCAGGCUAUUCUCCAAACAUAGCCAACCUAGCCUGCUGUCCCCUUCCACCCAUGUAUCCCGGAGGAAGUUCUUGUGCUGGAAUCCCCAUCCCGCCCAUUGCCCUUCACACACCUUGGGGCACUUAUAAUUCUUGUCCGCCUAUGCCCAGCCCUGCAGUGCCACUACCACCCAAAGCCUCCCACAUAUCAGCAGACCAAAAUGUUCUCUCACUUCCUCCUCCACCGCCACCACCCCCUCCACCACCACCAGCAGAAUUGCAGAGCCAUGGGUCAUUACAGGAGACAAUGACAGAGGCAGGGGAAGGAUAUCAGGAGGUGCUUUCUUUGACUGAGAGCCCUGUUCCACAGCGGUCUGAGAUGUUCAGCAAGAAGAACCGCAAGCGGAUGGACGGUCGGGCUGAAGAGGCUAAUGUGUCUCAGUUAGCUGAAGGCAGCAAAUCGAAGAAGGAGGGCAGGGCUCUGGGUGAUUUUAACUCGCUUAUCUCCAGCCCGCGGCUGGGAGGAAGAGACAAGAAGAAACCGAAAGGACAGAAGGAACAGCAAAUGAAGGCUAAGAAGCUGAUUAAGGCCACUGCCAAUAGUGAGUUCCAGGACAGUUCAGAAAGUGAGCCUGAGCUUUUUAUUAGCGGUGAUGAGCUCCUCAAUCAGUGCCAGAGCAGUAAGAAGGGCUGGAAGAGUAAAAGGAACAUGAGAGCUGCCAGUGAGCUGGAUGAGAUCAAGUGUCGAAAAGCCAAUGAGAAGGAAGACAGAGGACUGGGCAGCCAGGGGUUUGUGUAUGUGAUGGCCAACAAGCAGCCUCUGUGGAAUGAAGCCACACAAGUCUACCAGCUGGAUUUUGGAGGCCGGGUCACCCAGGAGUCAGCCAAAAACUUUCAAAUUGAACUGGAGGGCCGGCAGGUCAUGCAGUUUGGCAGGAUUGACGGUAACGCCUACAUCCUGGACUUUCAGUACCCCUUCUCUGCGGUCCAGGCAUUCGCAGUGGCUUUAGCCAAUGUUACUCAACGUCUCAAAUGAAAUGUCCCCACCCAACUCACCCUGAGUCAUACCUUGAUUUUAAAUGCAACCUGCUGAAGGAGCACAGUUGUUUGGUUUGGAGAUUUAUAAACUCUUACUUCGGAUUUUCGGAGAAAAAGACUGAAAUCAACUGUGGCCAAUAGAUGGAAAUGCAAUCACACUGCACUACAUAAUGCUGCCACUAGACAUGGUGCAAUAAGCAUUGACUGCGUUUGUUUUGAACGCCAUUAGAUCUGCUCUGUUUUGCGUUCGGUGGCACCCUCUAAGCACGUAGGGCCAAAGAGCUGAGCUUGGGUUAUCAUCAUGCAAAAAAAUGCUGCUUUGGGUAGAAGACUUUCUUUUCAUAGAGACAGAUUGUCAAGGUGCAGUUAAAAACGCAGCAGUAAAACUUGAAAACUACACUCUGGAGGUUAAAUUACUUUUUCCAGAGGGCACAGGUACUACUGGGCACUGAAAUCCAUUGCUGUACAAAACUUUAGUGAAACAGUUACUACUUUAUUAAACUGCUUUUGCUUAUAGUUUAUUAAAUGAGGUUACAUAGUGGAGGUUUUUGUUCUAUACCAUUCCUGUUGUUUCUAUCUCAGUCUGUUUUGGCUGGAAUUUAGGCUGAUAUAUGCAUCAUUUAGGAGCACUACUAAAGUUAUGACUUUUCACUGUUUCUGGGAGGAAAACAAACAUUGGUCUUUAUCAAAUCUGCGUUUGAAGGAUGAAAAAAAGUCACCCUGCGACACUUAAUAAUUUAUAUGUACAUGUUUCUCUUUCCAGAUAAUGAUUUUUUAAGAAAAUAUUGUUACUGUUGAAGAUAUACGACCCUCAUACUUUUUCAUCCCAAUUUUUCUUACUGGCUUUAUUUGGGGAGGCGGAAUUUAAAUAUUGCUGUACACUCAGAGUAUUCAGGUGGGAGCGGUUUACAGAAUAGCUUUGGCUGACAUAUCCUAUACUUCGAUAUCUACAUAUGGUGACACUGGCAAAAACGUCGCCACGGCCUCGACUGAACAACUUAACCUCUGGCAUGAAGUGAUAAUGUCACCUGAUGUCACUUCUGUGAAGUGAGUACGUAUUUGGGGACAGUCCUUGCUCUUUAGGACCACACUAAAACAUCUAAGCAUGGUACAGGAAAUAUUUUUGUAUAUUUCACCUAUGCCAUUUCAUACUCUUCUCAGAAGGCAUGUAAAUAUGUUGGAGGUGUAAAUGUCGUGAAGAGACUUGACUCUGACAAGUUUACACCUCGGCUCCACUGUGUUUAAUUUUAGGUGUGGAGCAAAGCUGUAACACCGUAAAAUAACUGUAAAGCUAAAUCAUCAUAGUCUAAUAAGACUACAUCAAAGAAUGAAGCUUAGAAAAUGUAUCCACCUCUUAAGCUGACUGCAAACUGAGAGACGGGUAAAGCUGUUUAAACAUUAGCAAGGAUCACGGGCAGAGAUAAAGUUCAAAGGACAUAUAUGCAUUAACUUCUGUUUAAGUACAACGUCGGCUAAAAUCACCACAAACGUUUAGGCUUAAUAAAACAGGGAAGAUGCCGUGGGGCUAAACUCAAAUUUGUGCCAAAAUAUUUACUCAAUUUUACAAUAGAUGCAGUCCAAAGGGGACCAAUUCUGUUUUGAUCGUUGAAUUGGUGAUAUUACAUUUAUUAGUGUGAUCUUUCCUGAUCUCAAAAAAGAUGCAUGUUGGUCGUUGAUUGUAGAAAUGGGGACUGAAUGAAGAUAUUUGAAAUCCUAUGAAAAGAAUAAAAAAACUAAGCAUGUCAUGACAAAACCUUUUUUUGUGUUAGCUGUGCAAUAUUUUGUAGGAGAAGAUUAUGUUUCUGUUGCCUUCAACCACGUUUUGAUACCGUUCCUUUAGUUCAGUAUCUGAGAUUGUUGGUCUGUGCAUUUUAUUUAUGAGAUUAUUUUCUGAACGGAUGAAAAAAUAUCUAUACAUACUGUAUAUUGUGGAGUUCUCCAAACAUUUUUUUUGUGCGUUGAUAAGUUUGAAACAAGUGUAGCCCAAGUUGUGGGGUUGGGGACAAGAACAGGCACCCUAAUUUUAAGUUCGCUCCAGAUGAAAAAAGACGUGAAUGAGUAGGUGCUCGGCUUAAUGUAGUUGGUAGACUAGUUUAAGUGUCAAGUCGAGGUGUGUUUGUGUUCAGCCGUGCAGUCUACCAAUCCCAUCAGUGUUAAAUCUAUUAUAUUUAAAUGUGUCAUGGCUUGUACACAUUCAAACACACAUUCUUCACUGAGUUGAUGUUCAGCAUUACGUAUGAACUUGGUUAAUGAUUCACUUUAAACCAAUGAUGAACUGUUGUAGAUAUUUUAGGAUUGGACUUUUCUUUAGAAAAGAUCUGUGCUUUUUAUUUGCAGGUGUAGACUUACCUGACAAAAACACUUGAAAGAGUCUGAUGACUAUGGUGACUGAACGUUCAAAGUGGAUGGAUAGUAAGGCAUGCCAUGUAAAUUAUUUUAUAAUUGUAUAUGUCACUCAUCUUUUUAAUAAAAAUGUCAUUGUUUGAGAAA